AUGCAGCACCAACAGAUUAAUACGGGGAUCAGUAUUUGUUACCAGGCUGAGCCUCAUGGAAUUGGGCAGACGGAAAUUCACUCAAGGCAGCCUCUGAAUGCACCUGAACAGCCUCAUGUGCAGAGCACACAAACGGAAAUUCUGACUGGGCAGUUACGGCUAGACAGCUGGGGCACGAAACCUAAUCCUUGGAGACGACCAGAACCAGAAGGAACGCUGCAGUCAUUUGAUGAAGGGCACUCACACCUUUUUGGAAAUGAUAAUUUUAUGGUCAUCAAAGAUGGAAAAUCCAUUCACAUCUCUUUAAUGAAAGAACAGGUUUUGGAUUUGUUUAGCAAGACCUUUACCUUCAUGGGUUUUUCAAUGCUUCUAUUAAACUACCUGCGGAUUACACAUUUGCACUGCUGGUGUUGUCGAUGUGUCGUUGCAUUUUAUGUGAAGAAACCACCUCGCUUUGGUCUAAACUUAUCAGCAAAUUCCCAAAGAAGUUCGUUUAAACUCUUUGCUACGUCUGUCAAUAGAAUCACUAAUGACAACUUCAAAGAAAACUCAUAUUUUCAGACAGAAGGUGAAAUAAGGGCUCCAACCAAUGGUAUAUCAAAUCUCCAGUCUCCAUAUCAAAGAUGGAAUAUGGAUGCUAACUGA